AUGCGAGAAGCAAAAAAUGCAAAUAAAAGAGCAAUCAAAAGGCAACAUUCACAUAUUCCUGUGAGGUCAUACUUCGAAGACAUCUUAUCUGAACGUAAAAGGUUAGAGUUUCGAAUUGCGCAACCUUAUUAUGUAAAGAGUAGUAUUGAUGUGUUGGAUGAAGUACGAGCGUAUGGUGCUCGAGAAAUAAUUUCGGAUAUACCAGAAGCUCUUGGAAUGAAUCAUUCUCUAAACAAUAAGGCGGUUGCGGAAUCUCCAAAGCAUUAUUGUUAUUUUGUUUUGGAUUUUAAGCCAAGUCCUAGAAAAAUUCAAUGGCGGGAACGAAACGCGCAAAUUAUAAUCAAGGAUUGGAUGUUAUAG